AUGCGUAUCACAACACCAGUCCUCCUCGCAAUGAGUUGCACGAAAUCAGUCUACUCGCUUGCAAUUGACGGUCCUUCAACAAUCAAUGGGCAACCAAUGCCAGAAAGAUGGAUCAGAUAUGAUUUGACACCUGUCAACACAACUUCUGACACUUCUCUCGUUUCUCGCACAAACGUCAAGGUCUGUGAGCGGAUCCUGGCAAUGACUGCUCAAUGCCUCACCAUCGUCAACAUAGUUGUCACUCUCUCUGAAACCGUCGGAGCCGCGAUUAAGUCUCUCUCAGACGCAGGUAGCUGCGGCAAGUCUUAUGGUUCAUUGGAUAAUGUUUCUUGGGUAUAUUAUGCGACUGGUAGCAAUUGUGAUAUAACUACAGAAAUCAAAACUAUCCAAGGAGCUAUCAAACAACACUUAACAAUCACCGAUAGAAAUUCCCUGUGUUCCAUAGAAUAUCUCGAUCUUAUCUACUCGGGUAUUUGGAAUAGCUUUCUCCUUAUUAGACCAACAAACAGCUUUGAUAGCACCAUAUACUGUGAGCCCAGUCUUUCUUUCGGAUCAUACACAUCCAAAAGGAAAAAUAACAUUUAA